UGUACGUACCAGGUACUUCCUUCUUAGCCUUGUAGUGAUUCAGAACAGAGGGAAUAAGCAAAAUGAUCAUAAAUUUCCUAAUUAGAGAUUUCGCACCAAGACAAAAAGGUGUUAAUGAGUUUAAUUCCAGUGCCUGUCAUUGUCCCUUUUUUCACACCACUUAUUUACUAAUGGCCCAGAGGGCUGCUCCCGUCUCUCCUUUGUUAAGAUUUUAAUUUGCCUUCUUUUCUGCCUUUGAUGUAAAAUUGUGACCUACAACUCUUUGAAGUCCCUUAUUAGGAGGAAAAUUAACUUAGCUUUUCCACUGUAUCUGCGCACUGUUAGCCCAGACAAAAUGUAGAGAACUCCUUAAAGAUCCAGUACAUUAGGAAAAUUUUCAAGGUAGUUCUGGAAAUGCAAACUUUAUAAAAUAGACUUUUAAAUGUUUUUAAUCUAAAUUAGGAGAUGUAACCCUCGCAAAGGCCAGAGCGGGAGAAGGGAAGAAGAGAAUAUUAUAAUAAAGAAAACAAAAUUAAUCUGGGCAAGGAAAGGUUGUAAAUCUAAAAAUGUGAAAAGGGGAACUGGGGGAUACUGUUGGUGUGAGCCUUUAUUUUCAAAUGUCAGAACUUUUCCCUGUCCCUCUCGUGUACUGCUCACAAAUGACACCCCGGCUUCCUACGCUCUGGGUGAGGGGGGGCGGGGUGCGCUAAGAAAGAAAUUAUAUCUAAAUCUAUCUCUAUAUAAUUAGAAUAUCAUGAGGCAGGGUUAAACCUUUGUAAAACACACAACUGAUUGGCGAUCGCUAAAACGAGAUUUGAAAGCAACUCAAAUAAAAGAUCGCGACGUCAGUAAACAGAUUUAGAAAAAAAAAAAAAAAAAGAGGGGGGGAAAAAGCAGCUAGUGACAAACCCGGCGAGAGCGAGCUCUGGGCAUGAGAGAGAGAGGGAGGCAGAGGGAGAGAGAGACUUAAAAGAAAUAGGAGGGGCUUGUGAGAGACUAGAAAUGUCAAUCAGAGCCCAGAGUCCCAAUAAUCUCAGGCAAUCUGUUAGGACCUGACCUGGGUCCACUCAGAUCAAUAGGAAAAGUGAGAGAAGAAAGAAGCGAUCGGAUCGUUUACCGCGGCGGCCGAGGACAGGAGGGAGCCCGCGGCCUCCGCGCACCCCCGGCUCCCCCCCAUGUCUGCCGGAGUUUGCGGGAGGCGCUGAAAGUGCUGGCGGCCGGCGAGGGCGAGCGACCCGGCUCCCUCCUCCGCUCCCGGCCCUGCUACUUUCUCCCCUUUCUCUCCCUUCUUCCUCUCGUCUCCCCCCCUCCUCUUCCUCCUCCCCCCUCCCCUACCCCGCUCCCCCAGCAUGUCUUUCCCCCAGCUGGGCUACCAGUACAUCAGGCCGCUGUACCCGGCGGAGCGCCCGGGGAGCGGCGGCUCCCGCGGCGGCGCCGAGCUGGCCCCGUCCGGGACCCUCUCCAACGUGCUCUCCUCCAUGUACGGCGCGCCCUACGCCGCCGCCGCCGCCGCCCAGGGCUACGGAGCCUUCCUGCCCUACGCCGCAGAGCUGCCCAUCUUCCCCCAGCUGGGCGCCCAGUACGAGCUGAAGGAGAGCCCGGGGGUGCAGCACGCCGCCUUUCCCCCCCACCACCCUGCCUUCUACCCCUACGGGCAGUACCAGUUCGGGGACCCGUCGCGGCCCAAGAACGCCACUCGGGAAAGCACCAGCACCCUCAAGGCCUGGCUCAACGAGCACCGGAAAAAUCCCUACCCCACCAAGGGCGAGAAGAUCAUGCUGGCCAUCAUCACCAAAAUGACCCUCACCCAGGUCUCCACCUGGUUUGCCAACGCGCGGCGGCGGCUCAAGAAGGAGAACAAAAUGACCUGGGCCCCCCGCAGCAGGACGGACGAGGAGGGCAACUCCUACGGGAGCGACCACGAGGGGGAAGAGGACAAGAGGGAGGACGAGGAGGAGAUCGACCUCGAGAACAUCGACACGGAGAAUAUCGAAAGCAAUAAGGACGAGCUCGAGGACGAUCUACAGGAUGCCGACCUCCUGCACUCUGACUCCAAGACGGACUCGGAGGGAUCCGAAGGCUUCGAGGACUUGCCCGGCUCCGAGGAGCGCUACGACAAGGCCUCCGAAGGGGAGCCGCACCACCUCCGCCACCACCACCUGCACCACCACCACCAUCACCACCACCACCACAAGUGCGAGCUGCCCGCCACGGCCGCACCCCUCGGUCCGGAGCCCCUCAAGCCUGCGCUCCCGCCACCGCCGCCCCACCUCUCUCCCCCCUCCUCUGCUUCUUCCUCCGCCGCCUCCUCCCCGACGGACGGCACUUUGGCCGGCGCCUUGCCGAAACCCAAGAUCUGGUCGCUGGCCGAGACGGCCACCAGCCCGGACAACCCCCGCAAGUCUCCCGGCGGCGGCUCUCCGCCGGCGGCCGCCCCCCAGCCGCUGCCGCUGCCCACCCCGCCGCCCCACAGACUCGUCUCCUCCUGCCCCCUGGGCAAGUUCCCCAACUGGACCAACCGCGCAUUCCCGGCCCACCACCACCACCACCCCCCGCACCCGCUGGCCUUACUGAACACUCCCCACCUGCUGGGGCUGGGGGCCGCCUCCGCCGCCCCCCCCGCCGCCGCCUUCCCGCGGCCCGCGGACCAGGCGCAGAGCGCGGAGCCCGUCGGAGCAGAUCGAUCUAGUGCCUUGGAAGUAGAGAAAAAGUUACUAAAGACAGCUUUCCAGCCAGUGCAGAGGCGGCCCCAGAACCAACUUGACGCCGCUAUGGUUCUAUCGGCGCUCUCAUCAUCAUAGUUAAUUUUUUAUUGUUGUUGUAAUGGUUGUAAAAAAAUCUCUGUAUAGUUACAACUUGUAAGCAUGUCCGUAUAUUAAAAUUCAAAAGGAAAAAAAAACCAACCCGCUUCUGUACUAUCACCUGGGUUAGCUGAGCUGUGAGAUUUUUUCGGAAGUCCAGUGAGAAUUAGGUGUUUCCCCCCUUUUUAUUUUUCUUUUUUUCUUUUUUCUUUCUUUUUCUUUCUUUUUUUUUUUUUUUUUUGGUUGUUGUUGCUUGUUUUUGUACAUACCGUAAAAAUGUACAUAUGUGUGAACCAAAUUGUACAAGAAAGUAUAUAUUUUUGGCUAAUAAAUAAACUGU